AUGAGUGGCCGAGCUCAGUCAAAUCCUGUUGAUAUCCAGCAAAGGCAACGUGUAUUACCGAUUAGCUCUCAAUCUCAAUCAUUAAUUAAACAGAACACUUCCUAUACGCCUCCAUUUCCAAUCCGUUCUUCUACUCCACCAUAUGUUCGUGAAAAUAUUCAAAGCAAAAGUAAUAUUGAACAAAGGCGAAAGAAGAAGUCUUCACUUACCGAUCACAAUCAACUGAAAGAUGUACCAAACGUAUCGCGCAGAGGUAGAUAA